AGAUCAGCUGUGAAGAGAACCAGAACAUAACCUUAUUCACCGGAAAGGGACAACAGAGGAGGUGGCUUAAGAUAAUUAUCUCUUGCCGUACUCGUGUCACUUUCUUGGAGUAGGCUACAUUCAUGAUUACGAGAGAGGGUCAUUCGUGUAUUCAUUCGAUGUCAUGACUGUGACGAAAUAAAACAGAACAUUUUUUUCAUCAUUUUGUAAUUUCUGUUUACUUGGAGUUGGACUCCCCGCGAGGAAUGACACCGAUGUGUUGUGUUUAUUUCUGGACAGCUAGCUAGCAGGAAGAACAUACUCUGUUUGUCUUCAUCAUGUUCAUGGAGUUUGUGAACUUUUGACUUUCUUCAACGAAUGAAGAGCUAUUCUCUGUCUUCUCUUAGAUCUUGAAACAUAGAACGAGAUAUUUCAGAUGACAUUGGGACAUAGUCUGAAAGCUGUCAUUUGUCAGAGUUCUAUUUUGCUAUUGCCUUAUAAAAUCAGAACAAGGUUGUACGCUAAUUUUGUUUUUAAAAACGAAAAAUUUUGGAAUUGAAUACGAUGAGUAUUCAGAGCGAGUCGGUAGUUUUGCCGCCAGAAUUACAUACAUGCGGGGAUCAUAGAGGAUAUUAUGGUAGCUGCAGAUGUGAUGUAAACACUACAGUUAUCUCAUCUGACCAUCCUUUUGAAUAUCUCUCGCUUACAUCAAGGUCAAGGGCGAAUGACCAAGGAAUCGACAGUAAAUUCGAGAGUGGAACGUUUGCUGAACAUUUCGGCAGCGUUUCGAUAACAUCUAUGCCACAUCAUCAAGGUGAUCGUCUUCAUCAUCGUCCACCUCGUCAAGUGUAUUCUGACUGGAAGUUUAACAACGAGUCGAGAUCGUCUGGGGCUAGACAAGAAAGCCCGAAUGACGUGUUCGAAUGCAGUGCGAUGAUGGAUAGCGAGUCGUCCAGCAGCCCGGCAUCGUCAACCAGUCCAGGGUCCCUCGCGCCGCAUCGGAACAGUCCUUUCGGCGCGCACACCCUUUCCCAUCUCGAAGUCCUAUCAUCAAGCCACCACCACCCUCGGCAACAACCACAACAGAAACAACAACAGCAACAACAAAUCUGUGUCAUGAAUACCCAACAAGCCGUUAACCACCUCCACCAUAAUAACAACCACCAUCAACAUCAACCUCAUUUUCAACGGGGCCCGAAACGCCGAGCCGUCGACAACCAACCGGUGGACGACGCCGGCGUUGGCAACCGUAAGGAACGGCGACGAACGCAGAGCAUCAACACCGCGUUUGCCGAACUUCGAGAUUGCAUCCCGAAUGUUCCCGCCGACACCAAACUCUCUAAAAUCAAAACCCUGCGUUUAGCGACCAGUUACAUCGCUUAUCUGACUGACAUGGUUUCUAAAGAUGAUAAUAUGAAUGGUGAUAUGGAGUCAACUACCACCAUUAGUGGAAUGAUGCUCGAUAACAUCGGAGACGUGGCGUCCGCUAUGCCGAUGAUCCGGCAGGACUUCUCACUGACCUGCCGCUCAAUCAUAAAGGAUGCCGUUAAAAGUGAGAGUGCUGUGAGAAAUGACUGCGAGGCUAAAAGGAAGCGAAAUCGAACAGGCUGGCCCGAGCAUGUUUGGGCUCUGGAACUUCAACAUUGAUCGAAACCAAACCCGCAAGGUCCAUUUAUGGCAACAUUCUACACGGUUUCACCAUGAUUUGUGAUUACCUGUGUGUUAAAUGACUUUCAUCAUGGGCGACAGUAUCUUCAUCAUUACACGCAGAUAUAACUAAAUAUAAUUUAAAAAAUGAAUAAAGAAGGAGAAAGAAGGCAAAGAAUGUGCAUAACGCUGGCCCGGAACGCUGGAGAUCAGGCCUGAAACGUUAUGAGACACUGCGUGGCAGCUGUGAUUUCGAAUGCCCUUCCCUUAACUUUCCACAUUAAGAUAAUUGUAAACUCCCAUGAUUGUUGCAAGGUCACGGGAAGACAACGCGACGACGGGAAGACAAAAUGACAACUGGAAGACAAAAGGGCAACAGGAACACAAGACAUGAUAUCAAAUGCUUUCGAGUAAUGCUUGCCCCCAGAGAAUCGGCGGACGACGGAUAUCGUCAUGAUCGGAGGCUCGCCACUUUCGCCGCGGACGCUUUGAUCAAGUAGUUGCUUUGAUCAUGGACUCUACUACCAUGCUUUGAUGUUGAAGUGAUUGGGUAUCCUCAUAACAUUGUGAAAAAUAGUUCGCGUCAUUUUUCUUGUAUACAAUUAACAUCGAUAAUACCGCAACGUGGAACAUUGGCUCAAAGAAGAGUCGAAAAUAAAUAAACGUUGUUUGCGGUUGCUACAAAAGAAGAUGUUAUGAUUUCCUUAGAUGAUCAUGAUGAUGACGCAUGGAUCUAUUCUCGACCAUCACAUGCAGCCCUUCGUGGUAUUUUGCUAGCGCCAUUUACCAGCUUCAGAAGAAAAGGGGUGUGGUCAGUUGACUUUCUACUUUUAUCACGAUUUUCUCGUUAUUGCUACCACAUCUUUGUAACAGUUAGGCAAGAGAUCUAUCUGAACAUUAUACAUUUUGUUUGUCUGUUAUUUUUUGUUUGUUAAUGUUUGUUUUGAAGCGUUUUGUUUUUAUCUCAAGAAGUAACCGAUCCUAUUUUUGUAUACAAAAAGUCAAUCAUUAUUAAUAUUCAGAUUGCGAUAAUAAUAUAAAACAAUGUAUUUUUGUUUGAAAUUUAAGUCUCAGAUUCAGACAAUGGUCAAAAAAUCAAAAUGACACUUAAACGUGUGAAAAGGAUGAUACAUAUUGUGCCCGUUUCAAAAAGACUCUUGUUUAAACUAAAAAAAAUCACGCUUUUGAUUGGUCGAAAAUCAAGUUGUGAUCGAUUUUUUUGGAGUUGCGUUUGAUAGAAACUUUUUCUGGAACGGCCAUAUAGCCAGCGUUUGCCGAUGUACAUAUGGCAAGCCCUUCUAUCAUUAAAUCCAGUUUCUUGAUGCCAAUGAUUACUCUGUUAAAUUAAGAAUUCUAUUUCCGGAUACCUAUAAUUUAUUUGUUUAUGUCAAUAAUUCGAUUCCCUAAUACCAAGAGUGAAGUUCUUAAUUCUCAAGAAAUUGAAUCUUUGAAUCCCAUUUCUUAAAAACGAUAAAACAGCUCGUCAUGUUGACGUUACGUCGCUAGGCCUAUAGGUGUCCCAGGUGUAAUUACCACAAAAUUCCAUCCCAAAAAUAUUCAUUUGUCCCAAGAUUUUUAAUUUGAUAUAGCCGUUUGACAAAGGGGCAAUUCCAUAAAAUUAUUAUGUACGUUCGACCCCCUAUAUAUCUGUAUGUGGGACCUUCGUGAAAUGUUCUGUCUCUGAUUUUUUUUUUCUUUUGACAAUCUCUAAUGCUCUCAAUUCUCAAAUGACCAUGACUUGGUCAGUUUAUGAAGUGAAGUAAGACUUGAGAAAAAUGGUGCUCGGACGAACAAAAAGGUUGAUUAUUUUAUGGAAUUGCCCAAAGGCAUAUACCUAUGAAUAUGAUUCGCAAUAUUGGCCGGUCGUGGAACUUUUUUUUUCAUACGCCAGUGAUGCUGAUAGGGCCAUUACAAACAAAUCUAGUUCAUCCUUGUUUUAGAAUAUUUUCCUGGCAAAAAAAAAUUUAUCAUUUCUCAAAAUGUUUCCUUAGGAUAACAGAAUAAAGGUUUCCUGGAAAAAAUAAAUUAAAAUUGGAAAAAGAUAUGUGUUUACCAUGUUUACAUAAGAAAACAAUGCAGCCGCUGUAUCAGAAAUCAUCUUAAGGGAUUUUAAUCAUUAUAAUAUUUAUGAAAGAUAUAUUGUGCGUGUUACUUUCAGCAUUAAACCGCAUUAAAAAUGGAAAAAUGAAUCGCCAUUAUCAGUGCUUGCUUACCUCAUGCAAAUUUAUAAAAAAUACCAUAAUUUUUUAAGAAAAUUUUAACUAUUACUUUCAACUAAAAUUCUAAAAAAUUAACAGUUUCGACGUUAACAUACAAUGUUAUACCUAUUCGACACAGAACGAAUGUUUUGUUUAUUUGUGUGGGUUUUAUAUUUUAGAUACAAAUUAAUUGUUCUUUAUUUAAAGGACAAGUCCACCCCAACAAAGAGUUAUUUGAAUAAAAAAGAAAAAUCCAACAAGCAUAACACUGAAAAUUUCAUCAAAAUCGGAUGUAAAAUAAGAAAGUUACGACAUUUUAAAGUUUCGCUUAAUUUCACAAAACAGUUAUAUGCACAUCCUGGCUGGUAUGCAAAUGAAGAGACUAUGACGUCAUCCACUCACUAUUUUUUUUGUAUUUUAUUAUGUAAAAAAUGAAAUAUUCUGAUUUUCUCCUCAAUGGCAAGUGAUACAACGAUAAAUUCCUCCCUGAACAUGUGGCAUUAUCAUUGUUUAAUACUAUAUGUUUCAGUCAUGUUGCUCCUUAUUGUCAAAUCUAUAAAAAAUGAAAUAUUGUAAAAUUCAAACAAUAAAAAACAAAAGAAAGAGUGAGUGAUGGACAUCAUCGACUGACUCACCUAAUUGGUGCAUAUUACAGUUUUGUGAAAAAUAAGCGAAACUUUAAAAUGUCAUAACUUUCUUAUUUUACAUCAGAGUUUGAUGAAAUUUUUAGCACUAUGCUAGUUUGAUUUUUCUCUAUUUUAUUCAAGUCAGCAUUUUCCCAUGUUUCCUGGGGUGGACUUGACCUUUAAGGUACACUGUUAAAACUGACGCCAGUUGGCAUGGUUGGAGUCCCAAGAAGACCGCGUCCUGAAGUGUUAAAAUUGACACCAAAGAUGUGUGCUAUAGUAACAACCAGGGGUGUUGAACAUAUUGAACUAACACUUUAAAUUUUACACCAGAUUAAAAUGACUGGCGAGGUCGCCUAUAUAUGUACAUCGGUUAACACCAAAGUUUUGCUGUGUAUAGGUAUAAUUAUCGAGCAUCUUCUCAAUCAGUUCAAUUUUGAAUGGAGGAUAUUAAAUCGUCUCCAAGGAAGCUUUGAGAUUAAAAUGCCCCCAAUGAAGAAAAGGAAAAUAAUGUAACGUUGGAUUAAAAACAUAUUAUUUGCAACGUUGAAUCAAGGAUGAAAUGUCUUAAAGGUCAAGUCCACUCCAAUAAAAUGUGGAUUUGAGUAGAAAAAGAAACAUCAACCAAGCACAAUGCUGAAAUUUUCAUUCAAAUCGGAUGUAAAAUAAGAAAAUUAUAGGCCUAUAAAAUAUCAAAAAAUGUUACUUAUAUUUUCACAAAAAAAGUUAUUUACACGACAUAAUGAUAUCCAAACGAGAGAGCCCAUGUCAUACUCAUUAUUUUCUUUUAUGAAACAUGAAAUACAAGCAAUUUGUGCGGAGUUUACAAACAGGAACAAUCUUUUUGAAACUGCUUGCAUAUGCAACAAUGGCAAUCGCAUAUUUUCAAGGAGGAAGUAAACCUUGUUUAACAUUAUAACGAAGGGAAAAUUAAUAUAUGUAAUAUUAUGAAUACAAAAGAAAUGGUGUAUUGGCGACGUCAUCUGUCCCCUCAUUCGCAUACCAACAAAGAUGUGCAUACAAUAUACAUGUUCGCGAACUCAAGCGAAAUUUUCAAUUUUUGUCUUACUUUAUAUCCGUUUUUGUGUUCUUGUUUGAUUUUUCUCUCAGUUUUUAUUAAACUCAACUUUUCGCUGGUGGGGCGGAUUUUGUCUUUAGGGAUGUAAAGGAACUUUUUUUCUCGAUUUGAUUAUUUUAUUCAUACAACUUUUGAUGCAUGUAGUCGGUUAAAAAGAUUUGUUUUGUCCAUUUCGUAAUAUUUUCUUCAUCGUAAGUCAUUUGAUGGAAAAUACUGUAAAUAAACGAAGGAAGCUGC